AAAAAUCAUCACCUCCUUCGUUGCAGAAGAACUCGGAAGGAGGAGGAGAAAGAAAACAAAUGGUGAAUAAGCAUUAGAAAAAGAAUGCUAUUAGAAUUCCAUCAUCAAAUGCAAUCUUAUCCCCGGUGGGGACUGGAAAACAGUCACUACUCAGUAGUACUAGUCCACAGUUCACACUUCAAUUUAUGACUAUGGGGAAUUUAAUGGCUUCCAACCAAAAACAACAACAUUCAUAAUCAAUUAAUCAUCAUCUUUUUUUUUUUUUUUUCUCAAAUCAUUUUUGUUGCCCCCAAUUACAGUCACACCUGUCAUUGUCUCCUUCCCUGCAGCCCCACCUCGAGGAUGAUGAUGAUGAUGAGGAUACGUAAUAGUGUAGGAAUUUGUUGAGUAGUAUAAAUUCACAACCAGAAUUCAGCUCACAGUUACGCAGUAAUUUACGCGGUAAAAUUGAACAAACCCAAUUCACUCUUAAUCUGUACUGAAAUACAGUUGAAGUAGUAAUCAACAAGGGAGGAAGGAGGCGGAGGAGAAAGAGAAAGAGAAUACGACGCCGUCCAGAGAGGUGGCGUGACGUGUUACCCCCGGCCGCACAAAAUAGCUAUAGCUUCACUCCGCUGUGUUCCUUCCCUUUUCUUCCAUCUCCAUUUGCUUUUCUUACAGAAACGGUUAAGGAAAGCAAGCGAGCAUCACGUUUGUCUUGUUUCCGUUAAAGCAUGGUUUCUCUUUACAUAAAGGGGAGGAGAAAUUGUCAUUUAGGAUUGGAGUUGGUUAAUUUUUCUUUAAUGGAAACGAAAAGUAAAGUAAAAGGAAGAAUGAGAGGAGCGGCGGCGGCGGUGGCAUUGGCAUUGUGGAUUGUGGUGUUGCUUUCGGUUGUCACGGCGUCGUUUGCCUCCAACGUCACCUACGAUCACCGCGCCAUCGUCAUCGACGGCAAACGCAGAGUUUUGAUCUCCGGCGCCAUUCAUUAUCCCCGGAGUACUCCCCAAAUGUGGCCGGACCUUAUUCAGAAGGCCAAAGAUGGAGGUUUGGAUGCGAUUGAGACCUACGUGUUUUGGAAUUUGCACGAACCGGUUCAAGGCCAGUAUGAUUUCUCAGGAAGGAAAGAUUUGGUUACUUUUCUUAAGCUUGUGAAUGAAGCUGGUCUUUACGUUGUCUUGAGGAUCGGUCCUUACGUUUGUGCUGAGUGGAAUUAUGGGUAAGAUGAUAUUCUUCUUUUUUUUAAAAAAAAAAAAAAAAAAUUCUGCUACAAGCCUACAAUAGAUGUCUUCCAUGAAUAUUCACUUGGAUUAUGUAGAUUCUGGGGGUACCAUAAUGUCUGAUUCUUAGCUUGUUUUGUUUUGUCCCCUUUUUGGAAUGUUGAAACAGGGGAUUUCCCCUUUGGUUACACUUUUUACCUGGGAUUAAGUUCCGAACAGAUAAUAUGCCUUUUAAGGUUGAAAUGCAAAGAUUCACUACCAAAAUUGUUGAACUCAUGAAAUCAAAUUCUCUGUUUGCAUCUCAAGGAGGACCCAUAAUCUUCUCUCAGAUUGAAAAUGAGUAUGGCAAUGGUGGUAUUGAAUCAGCUUAUGGUCCUAGUGGCAAAUCGUACGUCACUUGGGCAGCAGGGAUGGCAACAGCUUUGAAUACAGGGGUGCCCUGGAAUAUGUGUCAGCAACCGGAUGCUCCUGAUCCCAUUAUCAAUACAUGCAAUGGGUUCUACUGUGAUCAAUUUACCCCAAAUUCAGACAAGAAGCCAAAAAUGUGGACUGAGAAUUGGACUGGAUGGUUUCUUUCAUUCGGAGGUGCUGUGCCCCACAGACCAGUGGAGGACAUAGCUUUUGCAGUGGCACGAUUUUUCCAGCGGGGUGGAACUUUCCAGAAUUAUUAUAUGUAUCAUGGUGGAACUAACUUUGGCCGGACUAGUGGUGGACCAUUCAUUUCGACAAGUUAUGAUUAUGACGCACCUUUGGACGAAUAUGGGCUUGUGAGACAGCCAAAGUGGGGUCAUUUGAAAGAUUUGCACAAAGCCAUCAAGCUUUGUGAACCAGCAAUGGUGGCUACUGAUCCAACAAUUUCUUCCCUUGGUCAAAAUUUGGAGGCCGGUGUUUAUAAAACAGAAUCAGGCCUGUGUUCUGCUUUUCUUGCCAAUACGGGUACCGAAUCUGAUGCAACUGUCAGCUUUGGUGGGAAUUCUUAUAACUUACCGGCAUGGUCUGUCAGCAUCUUGCCUGACUGCAAGAAUGUGGCCUUCAACACUGCAAAGAUAAAUUCCAUGAAAACUCUUUCAAGAUUCACCCGAGCUUCUACUUCAUCAUUUUCCGAUUGGGCUUGGGUUAAUGAACCUGUGGGUAUUUCAAGUGACAAUGCUAUUAUGAAACUUGGUUUAGCAGAGCAAAUUAAUACGACUGCUGAUAAAAGUGACUUCAUGUGGUAUUCUGCAAGCUUUGAGAUCAGAGGAAAUGAACUUUACCGUCAAACUGGAUCGCAGACAACUUUACAUGUUCAAUCUCUUGGACAUGCUCUGUAUGCUUUUGUUAACAAAAAGCUUGUAGGCAGUGGGAAAGGUAACAGCGGCAAUGCUAAGGUUGUGUUGGACAUACCUGUCUCCUUGAUAGUAGGCAAAAAUACAGUCGAUCUCUUAAGUGUGACAGUGGGCCUUCAGAACUAUGGUGCCUUCUUUGACCUAAGUGGAGCUGGAGUCACUGGUCCAGUACAGUUAAAAGGUUUAAAUAAUGGCUCUGGGGUUGAUCUCUCCUCGCAACAGUGGACUUAUCAGGUUGGUUUGAAAGGUGAAGAACUAGGGUUAUCUGGUGGAGACUCUUCGCUUUGGACAUCACAGUCAUCUUUGCCAAAGCAGCAACCAUUGAUAUGGUAUAAGACAACCAUUGAUGCCCCGGCUAGCACUGAUCCGCUUGCUUUAGACUUGUCCUCAAUGGGAAAGGGUGAGGCAUGGGUAAAUGGACAAAGCAUUGGGCGUUACUGGCCAACCUAUGCUGCUCCAAGUAGUGGCUGUACGGACUCUUGCAACUAUAGAGGAUCCUAUAGUUCAACCAAGUGCCAGUCAAACUGUGGAAAGGCAUCCCAACUCCUAUACCAUGUACCACGUGACUGGCUGAAACCGUCUGGAAAUGUUCUGGUUCUGUUUGAGCAAAUUGGUGGCGAUCCAACACAGAUAUCUUUCGCCACAAAACAAAGCGGAAGCCUCUGCUCAACAGUUUCGGAAUCUCAUCCAAUGCCGGUAGAUAUGUGGAAUACUUUAGAUCAAGAUUCAUCAUCAGAGAAAGCCGGACCGACAUUGUCAUUGGAGUGCCCUCAUCCAAAUGAGGUCAUUUCUUCGAUCAAAUUUGCAAGUUUCGGAACUCCAGAAGGCACAUGCGGUAGCUUUAGCCACGGAAAAUGCAGCAGCAAGAAGGCUCUAUCUCUUAUACAGAAGGCUUGCAUUGGGUCAAGAAGAUGCAGCAUUGGUGUGUCAUCAGAAACAUUUGGGGACCCUUGUGCUGGAAUUACAAAGACUUUGGCUGUAGAAGCUUCUUGUACAUGAUAGUCCUUACUCAAUUGUCAGGUAUACCACUGGGACAAAAGGAAAAGCCAAGUCCCUUGGUAAUAAAGAAUAUGAAUGAAUAAGAAUUACAUCAUUCUGAAAUCAAUGUUCAUCUAAUGAAAAGGAAUUAUAACUUAUAAAGGGGAGUCCAAAUGAGGAAAGAGUGGAACAAAAAUGAAGAAUUAAAAUGAGGUUCAAACUCC